CCCCAACAUCUUUCCACCCAAAAAGCAAAAAGAAAAUGACCUCUUUUUCACUCCCUUCUUUCUCCCUCCUCUUCUUUCUUUCUCUUUCUAUCUUUCUACCCUUUACCCAAUCAAAAUCCACUUACAUAGUCCACGUGGCAAAAUCCCACAAGCUCACCUCUUUCUCCUCUCCUAAGCACUAUUACUCUUCCAUUCUUCAAUCUAUCUCCUCCACUAAAACCACCAACCUCCUCUACUCAUACUCUCACUCCUCCACGGGCUUUGCGGCCCAUCUCACAUCAACCCAAGUGGCCCACCUCCUCCGCCAUCCGGAUGUCAUUUCCGUUAUCCCGGACAGGGCCCGCCAGAUCCACACAACCCGCACACCACACUUCUUGGGCCUCCAUGAUGGGUCUGGGCUUUGGCUCAACUAUGACUAUUCAUCUGACGUCAUCAUCGGCGUUCUUGAUACUGGUAUUUGGCCUGAACUUCCGAGCUUUUCCGAUGACGGGUAUGAUCACGUGCCUUCCUCGUGGAAAGGGUCCUGUGAUGUGGGCCCCAGUUUUCCCGCUGGUUCUUGUAAUCGGAAAAUCAUUGGUGCUCGUGCUUUCUAUAAAGGGUAUGAAGCCGCAAAAGGACCAAUGAAUGAAACAAAAGAAUCAAAAUCACCUCGAGAUACAGAAGGCCAUGGAACUCACACAGCCUCAACAGCAGCGGGGUCAGUAGUCCCCGAUGCAGGACUAUUUGGUUAUGCUCAAGGUGAAGCUCGAGGGAUGGCAUACAAGGCUCGCAUUGCAGCCUACAAAAUCUGUUGGAAAACAGGAUGUUAUGAUUCAGACAUCUUGGCAGCUAUGGACCAAGCUAUUGAAGAUGGGGUUCAUGUGAUCUCACUCUCAGUUGGAGCUAAUGGCUUGGCCCCACAAUUUGAUGAAGAUGGUAUUGCCAUUGGUGCAUUACAUGCUACACAAAAUGGGGUUGUGGUGUCUUGUUCAGCUGGGAAUUCAGGGCCUGAUCCUUUUACUGCUACGAAUAUUGCGCCUUGGAUUUUGACUGUCGGUGCUUCGACGAUCGAUAGGGAGUUCCCUGCUGAUGUAGUGUUGGGAGAUGGGCGAGUUUUCAAAGGGGUGUCUUUGUAUUAUGGAGAUGAUAUGGAUUCCAAUGUUACUUUGGAGUUGGUUCGAGGUUCUGAUUGUGGUAGUAGACUUUGCAAAGAAGGCGAACUUGAUUCGUCAAAAGCGGCAGGAAAAAUGGUUAUAUGUGACCGAGGAGAUAACGCACGAGUUGCUAAGGGUGAUGCAGUUAAACAAGCCGGUGGUGCAGGAAUGAUUCUAGCAAAUACAGCUGAAAGUGGUGAAGAACUAAUAGCUGAUUCUCAUUUGAUUCCUGCAACCAUGGUAGGCCAAACAGCAGGAGAUCAAAUUCGGGACUAUGUCUCUUCCUUCCCUAACCCCACCGCCAAAAUCAUGUUCCGAGGAACUGUUAUAGGUCCUUCCCCAUCCGCCCCUAGAGUAGCAGCAUUUUCCAGCCGCGGGCCCAACCAUCUAACACCCGAAAUCCUCAAACCGGAUGUCAUAGCUCCGGGAGUGAACAUCCUAGCAGGUUGGACUGGUGCUGCCGCUCCCACUGACCUUGAUAUCGACCCUAGACGAGUCAAGUUCAAUAUCAUCUCGGGCACUUCCAUGUCCUGCCCACACGUCAGUGGACUGGCUGCUCUGCUCCGAAAUGCUUACCCGAAUUGGAGCUCUGCAGCUAUUAAGUCUGCACUUAUGACUACCGCUUACUACCUUGAUAACUCCGGGAAGAAUAUCACAGAUCUCGCUACAGGAGAACAAUCCUCGCCAUUUGUUCAUGGGUCGGGUCAUGUUGAUCCGAACAGGGCCCUCAACCCUGGACUAGUCUACGAUAUUGAUACUAGUGACUAUAUUUCCUUCUUAUGUGCCAUUGGGUAUGAUCCAAAAAAAAUCGCGAUUUUCCUAAAAGAGGCGGUUACUAUCGACUGCAGUGCGAAUAACAUGACUACACACGGAAAUCUGAAUUACCCUUCGUUCUCAGUUGUAUUUGAAUCUGGUAAAACCGUAGUGAAAUACACUCGGGUAGUGAAAAACGUUGGAACCUCAUCUGACGCAGUUUAUGAAGUUCGUGUGCACGCACCACCAAACGUUGAUGUCAGUGUUUCGCCUAGCAAACUCGAGUUCAGCGCUGAGAAACAAAAACUGUCGUAUGAGAUAGUUUUCACUAGCAUAAACAGAAAUCAUGUAACUAAUAAACCGGUUUUGGGAACAUCUAGUUUUGGAUCGAUUGAAUGGAUCGAUGGAAAUCAUCACGUGAGGAGUCCCAUUGCUGUGAGAUGGAUCGAGAGAACGCAACAGCAUUUUGUUUCGUCAAUAUGAACACAGUGACUCAGCGGAUGGCAGAAUGUAUUGCUGAACCAUGGAUGAGGUUCAUCAGAAGCUUGUUCCUUGAUGGUGCAUAUUUAUUGAGCUUGCACCUCCCUUUUUAUGAAUUGCUGUAAGCCUUUACUAUAGCUAUUUUUCCAUUGUAGAUUAUUAGUUACUAAAGUCUGAAUGGAUUAGUCAUAACUAGUUUCUCUAAUAAUAUAAGAGUAAGCUAGAUUACUCACUGUUGAAUUUGAUACUAAAGCCUAAGGCUGCAUUUCUCAA